ACAUUUUCGUCAUUUUGUGGAAGUUAUCCACCUGCGAAAUGCGGUACAGCACUUUCGGCAGGGAACUGCUCGCCAUAUAUGCCUCAGUGAAACAUUUUCGUCAUUUUGUGGAAGGUCGUGACUUCAUCAUCUUUACCGACCAUAAACCUCUGACGUAUGCCUUGCACACCACUACUGACAGAUAUUCACCGCGUGAAUUACGUCACCUAGAUUAUAUUUCGCAAUUCACGUCGGACAUCCGUCAUAUUUCUGGUGUGAAUAACCCUGUCGCGGACGCACUGUCUCGCGUUUGCACCACGACUUUGCCUCGAGCAGUCGACUUACGGAAGAUUGCCGAACUUCAGGAUUCAGACGAGGAGAUUGGAAAACUUCAACACUCAUCCUCUCUGAAGAUACAGCGUUACCGCUCCUGAACAAUGAAGUGUCAAUAUUGUGCGACACCUCCACAGGCACACCCAGACCCUUGCCGCCGGACUCCCUAACAGACUCGUUUAGUCGCGCGUAUCCUGAACCUUCUAAAAGAGCCACGUCUAGUAACACUGAUCCAGUAACCUCUACACGUGCUGGGAGGCGUGUACAUUGGCCCAAGCGAUACGCCGAGUUCGUUAAUUAGCCCCUGAGCAACUUCACACUUGGUGAAUUCGGAGUUUCAACUACUUUGUCGUGGCAUACACUUUCAAUGCGUUUUCAUACCUAAAGUUUUCAAAAGUCAUGUUUACUACUUUGCAAACAGUUUUUUUUUCAAAAAAAAAAAAGAAAAAUCAAAAAUACAAUUUAAAUUCCGAAAACUUUUUUUGGUUGGUUAUUAUUUUUUUUUCUGUACUACUCCCACUUCGAAUUGU